GAGAUCGGCGUCCCGCAGGAGUCUGCUGGUGCCCCACGCUCCAACUCGAGAUGACAGCCAGCAAGCGAGUGGCAAAAGAGCUGAAGGAUCUUUCGAAGGAGCUUCCGCCAUACCUGCGCCAACUGUCUAGCGAUGAUGCCAAUGUGCUGGUGUGGCAUAUGCUCCUGCUGCCAGACCAGCUUCCCUAUCGACUCAAGGCCUUUAGUCUGCGGAUUGAUUUCCCCAGGGAGUAUCCACUUAAGCCUCCCACGUUGAGAUUCACCACCAAGAUCUACCACCCCAAUAUCAGUGAGGAUGGACUGGUGUGUCUGCCCCUCAUCAGCACUGAGAACUGGAAGCCUUACACCAAGACCUAUCAAGUCUUGGAGGCCCUCAACAUCCUGGUGAGUAGACCAAACCUGGAAGAGCCCGUGCGUUUGGAACUUGCUGACCUCCUGACUCAGGACCCGGAGAUGUUCUGGAAGAAGGCGAAAGAGUUCACCCUUGAAUUUGGAAUGGACCGACCCUCUUAAUUCUGGUUCUGAAGCCUCUCUGCCUGGAUCUUCUGCUUAGUGGAUGGAUACCACAGACGGGUGCCCGAGGCCUUGGGAAGCCCGUCCUGUGUCUAAGUUUUCCUUUGUAUCUGAUGAUUAUGAAUUUUGUACCCAGUGUGUAUGUAUGUGUUAGGGGAAGCUGUGUGGGGUGUGCUCCUCCCGGAGUUGUCUGGCUGUAGAGGUACCAUUCCCACAUCCUCCGUGGCUCCAACGUCAGUGGGAGUUAGAUGCACAGUUCCAGGCCCGCUUUCCAGCUUACGCGUCUUAGGUCACCUUCCAGGCCAAUUGGCAGAAAAUUGAAUGCCCAGGGCCCAGGCACCAAGGGCUGAGAAAGGCAGGACUCUGCUUGGAAGGCAGGGCCUACAGAAGGCGUCAGAUCUACUGUCGAGUGAUUGACGUCGACCACAUUUGUAAUAGAAUGGCCAGAUUUAAGUCUUAAAAUAUUGUAUUUUCCGCGGAUGAAUCUCAAAAUUAAGAGUAUAAUCUCCACCCAGAAAUCGGACUUCAUGUUUCUAAAUUGUUUGCUUUCUGACUGGCUACAUUUCUGGGGACUAGGCCUAAAGCUGGGAUUUGUGUACCCCCAAUCUCCUGUCCAGGAAGCUCCACAAAAUGCGUGUCCUUGUUUUCCAUCAACUUCACAGAUGAAUUCCAGAGUCCAGCUAAGUUUUCCGUGAGAGGAUGGGGUGGUUUGGGGGGCUUGUUUGUUAAGUUUUUGUUACGUUUUUAUUUAUUUUGUGUGUUCGUGUAGAAGUGGGUGAGCACAUCAUGGCCUGGGAGUAGAGGUAAAAGAACAAUUUAUUGGAGACAUAAAUUUUUCCUUCCACUAUGUAGGUCCUGAGGACUCAACUAAGGUUGGCUUUCUGGCUUGGUAGUCUGCACCUUUUACCUUGUGAGCCCUAGGAAUGGUUUGUUUCAGCAGAAAAGCAGGCUGGCUGGGGACUAACAAAGAGUGUGCCUCAGCAUCUAGUGGCUUUUCCCCCAUACAUGAUAAGAAACGCUGGCCCUGAUCAGGCCAUCCUCAGGUGGGCCUUUCAAAGGUCUACAGGGGGAACACCAGUGUUUUGCAUGUGGCGGCAGCUCAUCACUGGGUUGUGUACACCCUUCUGCUGGUCAGCAGAGACCCCAUUUCUUCCUAUAUCCUUCACAGUGAAAGAGUUAAAAAUUUUUAAACCUUCCACAGAUGGAGUCAAGAGUGC